CGUGCAUACCUGUCGCAAUUCUUCUUUUACAUACUCUUCCUACGCUCCUUCAUUCACACAUAACUUUUCCCAUCUAGUUCUAAUAUUCCAGCUGGUCUCUCUUCUUCAGUUUUCCUUUGGAGAGUCAUCCUUGCUUCCCAGCCCGCGAUGUCCCUGAAUCGCUCUGCGACGCGCAUCUCGCCCCUUCUACUCCGUCAUGCCGCAACAAGACAUUUACCCAGGAACUCCCGAAGGUUCCCACGGGAGAUCUCAGCGAUUGCGAUUCUCAUACCUACUCGUGGCCUAGCCACACAAACGCAAAAUCAGACGCCUGGGAACUCAUCCUACCCUCCGCCUGGAUUCAACGCAGACGAAGCCAAGAAAUCACUCUCUAAGGACGGAUCUUCAGCAUCGAGGGAGUCUUCGAAAUCAGAUUUGAUCGAACAGGUAACAAUACCAAAAGACCAGCCGACGUCGCACCCCAAGACAGCGGCUACAGAAGAUCAGUCUUUGAAGGAGCUUGCAGCCGCAAAGGCCGCCGAGGAUUCGAAAGUCGUUGAACAGAAGAAGGAGGAUAAGAAACUCACGCUUUGGCAAAAGGUCAAAAAAGAGGCAAAUCACUACUGGGAUGGGACGAAGCUACUGGCGACCGAGGUCCGCAUUAGCUCCAAAUUGGCAUUGAAGAUGGCGGCUGGAUAUGAAUUGACCAGACGGGAAAACAGACAGCUGCAACGAACGGUUCAGGAUCUGGGCCGGCUAGUGCCUUUCUCAGUUUUCGUCAUUGUCCCAUUUGCAGAACUUCUACUUCCAGUAGCACUUAAGCUUUUCCCCAAUAUGCUACCUAGCACGUACGAGGGACAGAAAUCAAAAGAUGCCAAAGCAAGCACACUCAGGACGACGAGGAAAGAAGUCAGCAAUUUCCUGAGACAGACACUGAAAGAGACUGGACUACCCGUAAGCGCUGCUAAUGCCCAGACCGAAGAGUUUGCGGAUUUCUUCCGGAAGGUCCGUACGACUGGAGAAGCUCCGACUGCAGCAGACGUAAUCAAAGUUUGCAAAGUUUUCAAGGAUGAUCUUACGUUGGACAAUCUUUCACGACCUCAAUUAGUCGGCAUCUGUCGGUACAUGAACAUGAACACUUUCGGAACCGACAACUUUCUUCGCUACCAGGUCCGCCAUCGUAUGCGCCAGAUCAAGCGUGACGACAAAGCAAUCGCCUUCGAGGGUGUUGAAACAUUGUCGGUACCAGAGCUCCAGACUGCUUGUCAAUCUCGAGGACUACGCACGCAAAGCAUGAGUCCAGGCCGUCUCCGGGAUGAUCUUCAGAUGUGGCUUGACCUGCGUCUCAAAUACGGUGUCCCAUCUACUCUUCUUGUAUUGAGCAAUGCCUUCAUGUAUGCGACUGGCAAGGAAUCCGAGAUCAAUAAUCAGAUUGACGCCCUGCAAGCUGUGUUGUCGUCUAUCCCUGAAGAGCUGUUCCAUGAGAUCGAGUUGGAGGUCCACACAGCAGAGGGUGCUGCGACCAACAAACAGCGCCUUGAGGUGUUGAAAGAGCAGCAAGAGCUCAUCGACGAGGAGAACGAGCAAAGCCAGAAAGGUGAUCCUUCAGGCCGCCCGCAACCGAAGGAUGACCAAGAUAUUGAUGAAGAAGAGAAACUUCAAGCAAAGCAGGAAGCAGAGCACAAGGCUGCUACCAAGGACCAGGAACAAAGUGAUGAGGACAGGAAGGCUGCAAUUGAUGUCGCUGCAGAGGAUCGUCCUGAUGAUCCUGAGCAGAAGCGAAAAGAGCUCCUGGAUGAAGAAGCGGAGAUCAAGGAUGAGAACAAGCGCGGAAAGAACUAGUCCAAAGCGUUCGCACGUACUUCCUUUUCACACGUAAAUCCACGGAAUGACCUGGAUUCCGCAUCCUUUGACCCCCGAACAGCUUCGACUCGGGCCGCUGAAGGAAAAUUGCCAGGCAGUGUAACUGUAAAGCGCUAGGAAAUCCGCAGAUAAAAAAAUAGACGUGUAUAAACACCUUCAUGACUCGAAUUCUGGAACAUGAAUAUAC